UGCCGCCGCGAGAGGGCGUGCGAAUGGCUGUGCUGCUGGACGUCACGUGGGGUUGUUGGUGUUGCAUUAAGACUAGUACAGUAGUAGGCCUGGUUGAUAUUUCUUUAUUACUAUACUCCACCUUUUGUUCUCACCACUUUUCAAGACAUGGCGAACGACCGUAGGGAUUGCGGAAGUGGAAAGACGAAACUGUCCAAGAACUUAAUGCAGAUGAAGUUUAUGCAGCGCACUCAAGAGUCUAAUGCACAGAAGGAGGCCGAGGAGGCAGAACAGAGGCGCCAUAAUGACGACACGCACUGGUUCCUUGAUCUACCAGAGAUAACUGCCAAGGAGAGCAAGUUUGAGGUGGAGCCAAGCUUUGCGGUCUGCGAAAAUCUUAAGUUUGGACGAAUGUCAUUCAAGGGAAUGAACCCUUCUAUUGAAAAGCUUAUGCGCAGCAUGGAGGCUGAAGAGUUGGAGGCAAAGUCAGAGCAGAGAGAACGAGAAAUGACAGUCUCUGAUGAAGAGAUGGCCAGAAGAUACAGCACAUUGGUUGGAACGAUUGCCAAUAAAUUCACCAAAAAGCGCCACCGAACGAAAGCCCCCGAAGAACCGCAAGAGAAGAGGGCCAAGAGAGAGUUCCGGAAGCCACCAGACGAGUGACACCAGUGGCUAGAUUCCUUUUAAAAUUGUACAUUAUUCUAAUACUGAAAAGACAACCCCUAUCGGGUUAUGAAAACCCAGCUGGAGUGCCUACAGUCACUAGAUUCCCUGCAGAAAUGCCCCCCCCCCAGCAGAGGAACACCUCUGUAGCGUACAGUGAAAGGAUGUGCACUCAGAACCAUCAUCACAGCUAAACACCUGUGAUGAUCUAACAAAAGCAUUUGGACAGUCCGCUACUCCCCUAUAAACUGCCCCACACCGAGUGCUGUUGUGUGUUGAAUCGUAAAUCGCAGUGCCAAAAGA